AAUAGUUCCAAGCAAUCUUUGAAAAUAAAAAAUUGAUAUUAGGUAGAUGGUAUUAAUGAUGUAAGGCUUGCAUUCAACUACCAGAUACCCUUAAGCAACUGUCACAAUGGCAAGCAAUGUUGUAGAUGACUUGGAAGCAUCAUUUCAGAAUGCUUACUCCAGUCUCACAAGCCAGGAACAUUUCAACAUCAAUGACUCAGAAGAAGUCAAAGUUGGUGUGGAGCAGUGUUUACAGAAGUUCUUGGAGAAUGCCAGGCAAACAGAAAGUUGGUUCCUCCAAAGACGACUUAUUCUAUCUCACAAUAAACCUGAACUCAUAGUUAAAGAGGAAAUUCAAGAUUUGAAGGCAGAGCUGAUACGAAAGGAGCAGUUGAUAGCCAAACACCAUGAUAAGCUGCAGCAGUGGCAGUCAAUGUUACGUCAGCAAGUCCCUGUAAUGCAACAGUCGAACCCACAAAUGCAUCACCACAUGCAGCAACAACAGCUUCAGCAACAGCAGAAACAUCUGCAGUCCCCACAGAGACCUUUAGUGGCUCAACAGAUGAACCAACCAAUGGUGCGGAUGCCCACACCUCAACAGCAUGCAUCAUUGCCAUCUACUCCAACCAAUCCUCAUAUACCUGUUGGCCAACAGUCAUUUACUGGAAUGCCUGGGCCUUUGGCAUAUCUAGAACAGACUACAUCUAAUAUUGGAAUAGGAGAACAAAGGAGGUAGCCCAUAUCCUAUAUUUCCCUAAUCCCCACCAAUCUGCAUGUAAUCUGGGUCAUUUAUGGAUCUCUUAGUAUAAUAAAGAACAGGCUACACUGAAAUGGGUAUAAUUUUGAAAGGAACUUCUCUGAUGUGGAACAAUUGACAUUUAUACAUGGAUUUAUACCUCUUUUGCUACAGGACUUUCACUAGAAAGACUAUUACUAUUUAUUUUAAAUCCACCAUUGACAUGAAGAUAGAAUUUGUUACCACAAUAGGACUUCUCACACAGCUGUAUUUUUCUUCUUAAACAUUGUUUAUUCAACAAUAACUAAGGACAGUUUUGGUGUGACUUCUAUGGAGGAUUAAAAAUUAUUUUUUUGUCUUGAUAAAAUCAUAAUUUCUGAUCACCAGCUAGUUCCAGUCUGAUUCAUCAGGUCAUUAGUCAUCUCACUCUCAUCCAUUUGUAAGAUACUAUUUUUGAAAUAAAAA